AUGAACGGUAAAAACCCAUACAAAAACUUAUUAAAGACAUUGGAGGUAAAUGGAAAGAGUUAUAAAUACUACGAUAUCACAGAACUAGGCGACAAAUAUGACCGUCUACCGUUCAGCAUUCGAGUGCUGCUGGAGUCGUGCGUUCGAAACUGCGACAACUUCCAAGUGCUCGAGAAGGACGUCCAGAACGUUCUAGAAUGGGAGAAGAACCAGACAGCCGAUGACGUGGAGGUCGCCUUCAAACCGGCUAGAGUUAUCUUGCAUGAUUACACAGGCCUACCAGCAGUGGUGGAUAUGGCAGCGAUGCGAAAUGCUGUCCAGACUCUGGGCGGUGACCCCGACAAAAUUAACCCGAUAUGCCCAGCCCAUUUGGUGAUCGACCAUUCAGUGCAGGUGGACUAUUCAAGGACAUCCGACUCGCUGUUUAAGAAUCAAGAAAUAGAAUCCGUACGGAACAAAGAGAGGUUUCAGUUCAUGAAGUGGGGUGCGCAUACGUUCAAUAACAUGCUAAUAGUCCCACCUGGAGCCGGAAUAAUACAUCAGGUGAAUAUAGAGUAUUUGGCUCGAGUGGUCUUCACAGAUGACUUGCUUUAUCCAGACUCCGUGGUGGGGACAGACAGUCACACCACUAUGAUUAAUGGGUUGGGCGUGGUCGGGUGGGGGGCUGGAGGCAUCGAAGCGGAGGCCGUCAUGCUGGGUCAAGCUAUAAGCAUGCUGCUACCAAAAGUUGUCGGGUACAAGUUGAUUGGUGAAUUAAAUCCCAUGGCCACUUCUACCGAUCUUGUCCUCACUAUUACUAAUCACCUGCGUUCGAUGGGCGUGGUUUGUAAGUUCGUCGAGUUCUUCGGACCGGGGGUGGCAGCACUGAGCAUAGCGGACAGAGCCACUGUGGCUAACAUGUGUCCCGAGUUUGGGGCCACAGUAGCCUUCUUUCCAGUAGACGAACGCUCCUUAGACUACCUGGAACAGACUAAUCGAUCCAAGGACAGCAUCGAGAUCAUCAGACAAUACCUUCAAGCGACGAAACAGUUCAGGGAUUACAAUAAUACUGACCAAGAUCCCGUUUUUUCUGAGGUGGUCGAGCUAGAUCUGUCAACGGUUGUGACGUCAGUGAGCGGGCCCAAGAGGCCCCAGGAUCGUGUCUCCGUGUCUCACAUGAAGCAGGACUUCAAAGAGUGUCUCACUAAUAAGAUCGGCUUCAAAGGCUUUGGACUAUCACCAAAUAGCCUGUCAUCCUCGGGUGCAUUCACCUUCAGUGAUGGCAACAGCUACUCUAUCACCCACGGCUCGGUCAUCAUCGCAGCCAUCACCUCUUGCACUAACACAUCCAAUCCUAGCGUUAUGCUUGGAGCUGGUCUUCUUGCGAAGAAAGCGGUAGAGAGCGGUCUAAACGUGUUGCCAUAUAUAAAGACAUCUUUAUCUCCCGGUUCUGGUGUUGUCACGUACUAUCUUAAGGAGUCUGGUGUAAUACCUUAUUUGGAAGUGUUGGGCUUCAAUGUAGUCGGAUACGGGUGCAUGACUUGUAUUGGAAAUUCGGGUCCAAUUGAUGAAAAUGUUGCUAAUACUAUAGAAAAUAACGAUCUAGUAUGCGUCGGAGUAUUAUCCGGGAACAGAAAUUUUGAGGGACGCGUCCACGCUCAUACGAGAGCCAACUUUUUGGCCUCCCCGCUGCUGGUUAUCGCGUAUGCCCUGGCUGGCACCGUGGAUAUUGACUUCCAGACGGAACCCCUGGGUAAAAAAGCUGACGGCACUCCGGUCUUCCUCCGUGACAUUUGGCCCACCCGCGCUGAAGUUCAAGAAGUUGAAAGCAAAUAUGUUAUUCCGAGCAUGUUCAAAGAAGUCUACGCCCAGAUCGAAGAAGGUUCACCAUCAUGGCAAGCUCUGGAUGUUCCUCAAGGCAAGAUAUACGAAUGGGAUCCCAAUUCCACUUAUAUUAAGAAACCACCGUUCUUCGAUGGCAUGACGAGAGAAGUCCCACCGACGAAGAGUAUAGAAAAUGCCAGAUGUCUUCUUCUCCUGGGCGAUUCAGUGACCACAGAUCAUAUCUCUCCAGCCGGUUCCAUCGCGAGGAAUUCUCCUGCUGCCAGAUAUCUCUCUGAAAAGGGGUUAACGCUUCGCGACUUUAACACGUACGGGUCGAGACGCGGCCACGACGCAGUUAUGGUUUGUGGCGCUUUUGGGAAUAUCCGUUUGGUUAAUAGGAUGGUUGACAUACCUGGUCCUAAGACCAAACAUCUCCCGAGUGGGGACAUUAUGGAUGUUUUUGAUGCUGCUGAUAGAUACGCAAAAGGGAACAUACCCUUGAUAGCUAUCGUUGGUAAGGAUUACGGAACGGGUUCCAGCAGAGAUUGGGCGGCAAAAGGACCUUAUCUAUUGGGUAUAAAGGCGAUAAUAGCUGAGUCGUUUGAGCGCAUCCACCGAUCCAAUUUGGUGGGGAUGGGCAUCAUGCCACUCCAGUUCCUGCCAGGUGAGAACGCGGAGACACAUGGACUCACUGGACAAGAGACGUACCAAAUCGAUGUGCCGGAAGACUUGAAGACGCACCAAUUGCUGACUGUACAGGUGUCUCCUGAUAAAUCCUUCCAAGUGAAAGCUCGCUUCGACACCGAAGUGGACCUAACCUACUUCAGAAACGGAGGGAUACUUAACUAUAUGAUUAGAAAGAUGUUGUAA